CACACUUGUAUAUAGAAUAUCCCCAACCAACUUAGAGGGAAAUUAAUAGUCACCUAUUACUCUCCAAUAGAAGCAAUCUCUCAGAUGUCAUCGCAGCCACCGAGAAACCUUCUCAGCCUGGCCUCGCCAUCGUCGUCAUUGGCUAGCCUCUUUCGUCCAUCGCGCUCAUCUACGUCAUCCCAGCAGCACCCACCAUGAACCACAGCUUUGGUGAGAGAUGCAUUCGGCACACACAUAAAAAUCAAGAUUUUUCUCCAGAGAGAGCUAAAGCGAGACUUAUUUCGUAGUCGUGAUCUCUCUAUCUAGUGAGUCUUUCUUUUUUUUUAAGCUCCGCGGUACCUGCAUACAUCAACCCAACGUUAUUUUGCCACCAAACCCCGUACAUGGAGCUUACAACUUCUCACCGCCAACACAAACACCAAGAGCUAUACUGAGUAUCAUCACCAGAUUCACUCAAUUGGAAAUAUCAACAACAGGACCCCUCCAAGCCAUGGACGUCCUCUUCUCGCUCCCCAUCUUCGGGUACCUCCUCGGCCCGGCCCUCUCCUCGUGGUCCACCUCGCUCAACCUGCUCUUCUUCUACAUGACCUGGUCCACCCUCGUGCUCUCGCAGCCGCCCAUUGUCGUGCACAUCUUUGGCAUCCUCGCCAUCCGAAUAGUCUUUUUCCUCAUCCCCUCGCUCGCCACGCUCUUCUUCGACGUCUCGCUGCCCAGCCUCGCAGAGGGCAUCAAGCACGGCGGGCGCUCCGCCCUGCCUCCCCGCGAUGCCGCCGCGCUCGCCAAGCUGCUCGGCCUGGUGCUGCUAAACCUGGCCAUCAUGACGGCCAUUGAAGGGGCUCUGAGCUUCGUCUUCAUGCUCGUCUUCAACGAGCCCGUCUUCAAAACAACCACGACGCUGCCGCUGCCGUGGGGCAUCGCCAAGCACGUCCUCGUCCUGCUCUCGGCGCGCGAGACGCUCCUCUACUACAUCCACCGCUUCGUCCUCCACGGCAAAUCCUACCGCUGGCUGUCCAAGCGCCAUCAAGCCUACGCGCACGCAAAGGCCGGCGCGCCCUUCAGCCUCCGCCUCAUGGCCGACCACCCGCUGCCGCUGCUCUUCUACCGCUUCCUGCCGCUGUACCUCUCCGCCGUGCUGCUGCGCCCGCACAUCCUCACCUACUUCUUCAUCCUGACCAUCUGCACGCUCGAGGAAACCCUCGCCAUGUCGGGCUACACCGUCGUUCCGGGCAUCAUCAUGGGCGGCAUCGUGCAGCGCUCGGCGAUCCACUACGCGGGCAAGGGCACGUCCAACUACGGCUCGUGGGGCAUCCUGGACUGGGUCAGCGGGACGAGCAAGGGGAGGGAUGUGCUGGAGGAUGUCAAGAGGGAGGCGGACAAGCAUCGUGUCAAGGAGCGGUCGUCCAAGAAGAUUGAUCAGGGCAUGAGUGCGGUGAGGGAGGGGGUGAAGACGAGGAGGAGCAGUAGGAAGAAGGCAUCUCAGUGA